AUGGGGCCAAAGGACGAAAAUACCACUGGGUCUGACGCUUCUGAGCAAUCUACAGAUGCAAUACACUCGGCUAAAAUGAAAAAUUCCGCUACGUCCAAACGCCGUUCUGUGGCUUGUAAAGCAUGUCACUCGCUGAAAGUCAAAUGUGUGCCUCACGAUGUUAACAAUCCACUGGGCACUUGUGUUCGAUGCUGGAAAAAUAAGAGGCAGUGUGAGUUUGAUCUCUCUCAAGCUCGCAAAAAGAAGACCCCUGCUGGGUCCACUAAAUUAAUUUCCAAAUACCAACAGUUGGAGUCCAAAAUAGCUGAUCUUCAGAGCAUGUUAGAAAUGAAAGACGACACUAUCACACAGCAAGCCAGAACCAUCACUAACCAACAGAAUUUAAUGGCAUCCAUGGACACCCCCCGUACUGGGAAUAACCAUUUUCGGAAAAAUAUGUCAUUCAGCUCGAAUUCUCCAGUCUCUGCUGGAUCUGACGGCAAAACACAUUCUUCGGGUGGCCACAAUGGUUUUGGAAACAGGCCCGCUAUUCCGUCGAAAGAGGCCCAACUGCAACAGUUCGAGAAGGAGAUUAAAUUCCUUGAGAGCGUUUCUAAGGAGCAGGCAAUGUGUCCCGCUUCCAGUAUUGUUGGGGUUGCCGAGGACAGAAUACGGUUUUGCAAAGAAGACGUCAACUACUACGAAAACGAUCUGAUUACCAGUGGCAUCUUGUCAGAGGCCCAAUGUGAACAUCUUUUCGGGCUGUUUGUCAACAAAAUUUACAAACACUAUCCGUUUAUCUUGCUUCCAGAAAAUCUGAGUCUCUCAGCUAUGCGCAAAGAACAGCCGAUUUUGUUAUUGGUUUGUUCGUAUCUGGCCACCAUCAUCGACCCAGAACCUUCUUCUGUGACUAUCGAUGUGCAGCUCAGAUUGGAAAGUCUUGUUUCUAGGACAUUGACCGGAGAAGUUUUGUCUAUCGGGGACAAAAGCUUGUCUCUGGUCAAAUCCAUGCUGCUGUAUUGUAUUUGGUACGUGCCACCAGAACUAUUUCACCACAGAAGAUAUCACAUGUUUAAUUCUCUAUGUGUUUCCAUGAUGCACGACUUGGGAUUGACGGGACGUCCUUAUUUCUUUUACAGCAAAGAAGAUGGUGCGGUCAAGAAAAAAGCAGCCGUUGCUUUUGAAGACCCGGAGAAUUUGGAAGGUAAGGGCCUUCUACUGCUGACGUAUUUGAAUACCGUCUCAAUCUCCUUAUUCUUGAGAAGAAGAAUGCCUGUUCAAUGGAGUGACUAUUGUGAACAGUGUUGUUCAGAUCUUGAGUCAACCUCCGAUAAACGGAACACCAUCAUUGCCAUUUAUGCCAGAUUGAACCAUAUUCUCGAGCGGAUUCAUUUUGGUAUCCAUUCGUCAAUGGAACAAGUGUACUUUGCAGAGCACACGGAAAAUAGACAAAAGUAUCUGGUGCAGGAAGUCCAGAGAACACUCAACUCUUUGAGACAAAGAAUAAGUGUCAUCGCGCGUGAUGAUGACCAGUACUAUCAUUCGCUGAUGUCGUACUAUUUCUCGGUCCAGGCAUACUUAUACGAGCCCGCGUUACAAUCGAUGUUCAGUCCAAACGCUUUCAAUUCGGACAGUGACUACAUUCCUGAAUAUCUCGCCGAGGCAAUUGAGAACUCAACAGAGUGUUGUGUCCUUACUCUAAAACACUUCUUGCAUCUCACGCAGGAAUCAAUCGCGAUCGAUCCGCUGUUCCAUUCCUCUAGAGUCAUUUACACCGCCGGAAUGCUUCUCAGAAUCAGAUACUUGAGUAUUAGUAUCACUGCGCUUAAUCAGUAUAAAUGCAUGACAGAGGAUACAAUGAACGUUAUAAGAAGUUUGACAUCUCUGGUUUAUGAAGCGUCACUGAAAUAUCCCAAAAACCACUUCUUGAACAAAAUGAGAUUGGUUCUGUCUUUGUUUGCUCAAACGUUCCUGUCCCAGUGUAAGUCUGCCUACAAAGGCUUGAUCCAUCAGAAAAACGAUCCUACCGCAGAAAGCAAACAUACAAUGAAACCUGCACCUGACCCCUUCGCACUCCCAUACAUUGUUGCACCUCAAAAGAAUGGCUACAGCGCAAUAGCACCAUCAAUGGGUAUUUCGCGUGUUUCCCCUACAGCUACCGUUUCAGGGCUUAGAACCGAUCCAAAGGUUACUCCUGGUCCAGUGAACACUCUUCAAGGAGCUAACGGGGUGCCCCAAAUGUCUUUUAAUGGUAUGCAACCACAAUUUCAGGCCAGUCCAUACGGUGCCGGUGUUCCUGAUCCGCGAUCCAACAUUGUUCCUAUAGACAUGCAUAUCAAUAUUCAGGAUAAAGUUUCAAUUCAAUCUUUCCCAGAUCCCCAGCAAAUAUUGAAUAGUUAUCCGAAUAGCGAAGUCAGCUCGGGAGACGAUUUGGAGUAUCAGUAUUGGGCAUUGAAUGAUGAAUUCUGGAGCAAUCUUUUUGUCAAUAUCGAUGGAAGAAAUAAUGAUCAGGAUAUGAACAACCAGUUCAUGUACGAUUCAAUGAACAAGUUUUGA